GUCGCGUUGUUAUCGUUGUGCUGCUCUCACUGAACUUCGAACAUUUUUAAAUGUGGAACUCCAGUGUACUUACUAAAAGAAAAACAAGGCCUCCACUGCAUCUUACCGUAAGUGUUGACGGGAUCAGAGAGGACUGUUCUAAUUCAAGCUGGUGGUUGCAGUCUGGUAAUGGGUUUCUGGCAGCCGCUCACCAACCUUAGAGAUUAUGUAUCCCAGAAUCCUCCUGUUGUGACAUUUUUCCUGUGUCUUUUGACCCUGGCUGUCACGUUCGUCUGCCUCAGCUCUUACAGCUAUAAUCACAGUGUGCCUAACCCUGACACAACAAAGGACUGGAACCACCUGCUGUCCUCCUUAUCUCAGUUUAAGCUCUGUGUGAAUUCAAAUGCAAGUUUACCUGAGCUUGUCUCACCCACAACCUCUCCUCUGAGUCUGAGAAAAAGAGACGUUUCAGUUCACCCCACAAACACUCCAUCUGUCACCACUUUACAUCUCAGGGUUCCUCUGGUUGUUACUCCAAACUCAAACAGUGACUCUCUAAAAAACAUAGCUCUACACACUGCCUUGAACAGCAGUCAGCUUCAUCUUGAAGGCAAUGACAGUAUUAAUAUGACUCUUGAGAUUGUGUCUGGAAAUGACACCUACACCUGCCUGACUAUUAGUGCUCCAACUCAUCUCCUGCCCAUGAGCUUACUUCCAUCAGAGUGCCCUGCAUCUGAGAAAAACAUUUCACCCAUCCAUGUGGAAGCAACAAAACAGCUUGACACAGUUUCACAAACCUGCUACAGUCUACGCUCCGAGAAUGACCCUUCACUCAUAGUCAUGUUAACACCGGAGGAGCGGAGUGUGGCAGCGCGACAUCUGUUGGAAGUCAGCGUGUGUCUGCUCGGAGUGUGUGGGAUUCUCUGUUUAGCUGCUUGUAUGACACAUUCACUUGUACGCCGCCACUAUUGGAAUGGACUGGAUCUUCAAAAUGAGCUCUUGAUUGACAGCUGAAUGUUCUCCAUCCUGAAGAAAUUGAAUUGUUGUUGAGUUGUUGAAUGAAAGAGAGUAUUGUGAAAUGCCAGGUUUAGAGGGGCACUGGAUAACAUUUUCUGAAGGGGCUUCUCCAAAGCCGGAGAAAGAAACCCUGGUGAUGCCAUCAGAGUUAUUCCAACGGUGGUUUGGAGAAUUCAUAUUAUGUAGCCAUUUUAAAAGCCUGGCUUAUUCAGGGAACUCAGAAAGGGUAUAUUUCAAUACAUGCAGCAUCAGUUUGGCCAUUUAAAUGCAUAUUUAACAGUGUUUUAAAGUGCAGAGCUCAAUCAGUACGGCAUCCUUGCUGUAAGAAACUCAAAUAUACAGCAUGAAGUCAAAAAACGUCAACAAAGGAGGAAUAAAUUAUGUAAUGGACCAUAGUGGAAUGGGAACAAUCCGUCAAGUGUAUAUUGUCCACACUGUUGACUGUUCAUUGAUCACUGUCCAAUCUGCAGUCAAGGAUUUUUUGCAUUCCAUUGAACUGAUUUGUCUUUUUCAGUUCACAAAUUUCCUAGAAUUACUUUCAACCUGCAUUCAGGUGAGAAUUAUCUUCCUGUCGAAGGAAACAUUUGAAAUACUUUGAAGUUAUACACUGUAUUCCUACCAGAACAUGACAAUGUUUUUUAAUGGAACCCAGGACCAGCAAUAGCUCAAAUUGAUGAACUGACUUUUUGGUUUCAUGCUUUUUCCUUAAGAUUUUAUUUUGGUAGGGAAAUAUUUUCUUCUUGCCUAUUUGAAAAGUAUUGGUAUCAGUUCCAAGCACAGUAUUUAAAUAAACUUCCACAGACUUGGAAAAUGUUUAAUUCUCUGAUAUUUUAUUCCAUGGAUGAUAAUGAUAAUAAUUGUUGUCUAUAUUAUGUUGUGUAAAACGUAUUAAAAAAAAACAAGAAUUUCAAUGUUGCCAUCAGUAAAAUGUAUGGAUAUGAGAUCUAUGGCACUAAAAGAGAUAUAUAGUUAACAUGGUUGUAUUAUCAAAGUUCAACAUUACACAAUAAAAACAUUUUCUGCUGUAAA